AUCCGCGCCGCCUACGCCUCGCUGUGCUGGGCGCUGGAUGUGAUGUACGCGGGUCGCCCCAUCGAGCGCUUCUGGAUCCUGGAGACCGUGGCGCGCAUGCCCUACUUUGUCUACAUCUCCAUGCUGCACCUGUACGAGAGCCUGGGCUGGUGGCGGGCUGGAGCCGAGCUGCGCAAGGCAAGGCGCAGCAGCCGCGCCGAGCUCAGCGGCAGCCUCCACGUGCACUUUGCGGAGGAGUGGAACGAGCUUCACCACCUGCAGAUCAUGGAGGCGCUGGGCGGGGACCUGCGCUGGGGGGACCGCUUCCUGGCAGAGCACGCCGCAGUCUUCUACUACUGGGCGCUGGUCCUCAUCUACCUCAUCUCUCCGGCCGCAUCCUACCAGUUCAUGGAGAUGGUGGAGGGCCACGCCGCCGACACGUACGCCGAGUUUGCGGAGCAGAACCGGGAGCGGCUGCAGGCCAUCCCGCCGCCGCUGGUGGCGCUGGCGUACUACAAGAGCGGCGACCUGUACCUGUUCGAUCAGUUCCAGACCAGCUGGAAGGCGGCGGGGGAGCUGCGCAGGCCGCGGUGCAACAACCUGUACGAUGUGUUCAUCAACAUCCGGGACGAUGAGCUGGAGCACGUGAAGACCAUGGCGGCCUGCCAG